CCCUCUCCUUUCCAGUAGGUAUACCCAUGUAUGUUUUGUCGAGAUCAUAAACAAGUCUUACUGUUUCGUUAGUUCAUCCAUAGAAGAUAGAGUGCAUCGAUGCACCUCUCUCAAAGGACUGUAAUAUUCCCUUAAAAACCAUGUGAGUUAUUUGUACAAUUUAUGCUUCUCCAUCUUAGCGCAUACCGGACAAGUUUGCGAGCAAUUUCAUCAGGCAGAUGCAGAGCCCACAGGGAUUUGACCUGAAAGCAUCAAGCGGCGAAACAUGGCAUGUAGGUGUUACCAAGGUUGCCAAUGACCUGUUCUUCAGUUCAGGAUGGGGAGAUUUUGUCAAGACUCAUGAACUGCAGGAGAAUGACCUCCUGAUCUUCACAUUCAGCGGCAACUCCUCUUUUAAAGUCCUCAUCUUCGAUGUGACCGGCUGCGAGAAACUGUCUUCUCUCUUUGCUGGCGCUGGUAUGCGCAAACAUUUUGAUGGUAUGGUGGGUCAACAGGUUGAGCAAUACGACGAUUAUGAUGAUACAAGUGUGCCGUCUCAGUUGAUUGAGUCCCAUCAGAAUGUCUCCACUUUAAGGAAAUUCAGUAGCAGGACCAAACCAAGGAAAGAGCUUCUUCCUGGAUCACCAAACUGUAGCAGAUCAUGUGAUGUUAAGCAUGAGGAAACUGCGGAAGAGGAGAGUGAUGAUGACACAUAUGCUGACUUCUACUACUGCCACUCAAGGGCCGCGAACAGACUACUUGACGACGAAAAACAUGAAAUAAUCGGGUUGGCUUCAAUCCAACCAGGCAAUCCAGCAUUCAUGACAUUUCUGCUAAGGUCCCAUCUGCAACGCAAGGACAACUUUCUGGUCAUCCCCAGUGAAUUUGUAGAUGAACAUCUCCACAUGAGAUUACAUGAGGUUGUGCUGCUCAGGCCAAACAGAGAAGAGAGGUGGCAUGUCAGCUACUACCACCAGGGGAGCUCUAGCAGAGGCUUCAGGGGCCAACCUUGGGCCAAGUUCGUCAGCGACAACAAACUGCACAAGGGGGAUAUCUGCGUCUUCGAGCUGAUCAAUGGCGCGAGGAAUGAGAAGAAGGCCAGGACGACGAUGACCGUCCAUGUUGUUAGGAGGAACAAGUCCGACGAUAUGGGCAAGUGGCGGCAGCUGGAAGGGAAGCAGCAGCCUGUGGGGUGUUGACCGGUCCAGCAGCGACCUUGAUGGAGGAGAAGGGCGAGGCAGGAUUCGUGCCCCUGCACCUCCAGGACUAUGCCAUUGGCACUUUCAACAUCUAGCAGUAAGAGAACUGGCCCCAAUUAGUACAUGGCUCAUAAUUUAUUCAGGUACUUCUAAGGUAAACAUUCAUCUUCUAGCCAUGUUCGUCAAAAUAUGAUGCAGACUUGUGCCUAUUGGGGUUAGUUCCUACCUUAGUUCUUUGUCUUACUGUCGUGGGUUGUGGCUCAGUGGAUUAUGAAGCUAUUCUUAGGUGCUUGAAUUAUAUUUUCUGCUACAUUUUAGCCUUAAGUUCUUCGUGCUUGAAGCUGUAUGGUCUAGCUAUGUUAAAAGGAUAACAUGCCAGUGCCUGGGUGUUUAUAGUAGUGUUUGUUACUCUGAAAUCGAAUAUUCCGUGUGUGUUACUGCUUUCGAUUAAAUGUCUUUCCAUUUGGUUUCACUUUGAUUAUGUUUUUGUGCAAAUCCUUUGUUGGUUGAGCUAUUGGUGAAUCUAGAUGCUAUGGAUAAUGUCUGAUUUCCCCAUCCUGUACUACUUACUAUAUGGAGGCAAUGGUUUAAUUUGGUCUCGCUUUGAUUCUAUUACAACUAAGGACCGGUUCGGCAAUCCACCGGCUCCUUGAAAUCCUAGGAUCUGUAGAGCAGCUGUUUGCUCACUCUAUAUUUUUCAGUCAAUGCAUGCCGAGUCCACUUCUAACUGAAUAUGCCCUGUUUUCUUUGAAAUUGAAUAACGAUGGUUGAAAUUUAGUUUCGUUUGGACGAGCUACCCCAAGUAUCAUCAAUUCAUGAUGGCUAAUUUGUUUUGAUUCUUGAUGAAUCGAUCCUGGUCCUGAUUUAAUAGUUUUUAUGUUAUUUCUCGGCUUAUUUGAGCUAUUAUUGUUUCUGUUUAACACAGACAAUUAUAACUGCCCUUUUUUAUUCAGAAAAAUGGUCUUGAUGUCUGUGGUUUGGUUAAACAUUUUCUCAGCAUAUCUAUAUUCGUCAGUCUAACUCACGUAACAUUCAAUAUAAUUUGUCCGAUCCAAACUAAGUGUUGGUUGUUGCUAUGGUUUGUGUGCAGUCUAUUUUCUUUGAUCUUGGUCAUUAAAUAUGUGACAAGAAAGAAAUUUCAAAAGGUUUGAUGAUCUAGAAUGCUCAUAUGGAGUUAUUUGAACCAGUUCUUUUAGUAUAUAUUGAGACCAGAUGUACCGGAAAAAUUUAAAAUAUAUCAACAGUAGGAGUUGACCAAUAAUGCUGAAUUGAUUCAGUCUUUAGGCCUUAUGCACAAUUUCCACAAUGUUGAACAUAAUAUAUGCUUUAAUGCUCCUGUGCACUGCUUUAAUGCUUCUACUUGUUUGUCUGAUUUUUGUUGUUGUUCAUUAAUUUCCUGUCUUCAGGCUGUAUAAAAAAAUGUUCCUACUAGGUAUUCUGACGUUGAUUAUCUAAAAGAAAGAGCAAUUCUAACACCAACGAACGGAGUAGCUCAAAAAAUAAACGAGUGUGUUCUAUCUUUAGUGCCUACCAGCGAGAGAGAGUCCUUUCUGAAAAGCUUCCGGACGAUAUGAGCGCUAAAAAGCUCCAGCUUGUUGUUGACGCUGUUGGACUUGGUAAGCUUGAUGAAGCCGAGGUCCAUAAGAAAAAUAUUAUACCGUUAUCCUAUACCGGUGGGCGUCGCUGUAUAACUGAAAACUUCCACGCCGUGAUGACUAUUUCCCAUGUCCAAGCCUCGCCUGAUAUAAUCACAACCUUCACAACCUUCACGUGUAAUCCAAAGUGGCCUGAAAUAAUGGAGUCUUGAACCUGGGCAAAAAAUAGUCGAUAGGGCUGAUAUUACUGUUUGAGUAUAUCACAUGAAACUGCUUGAGUACCUACAGAAGAUCAAGACCGGAAAUAUGUUUGGGACUGUAGUUCCAGGUACCAUGCCCAAUGCAUUUUCUCUCCUUUCUUUGUUUUUCUUACCCAUGUUUCUUAUUUUUCAUGUUUUUCAUUUACCCUCCUGUUUUCCAGUUCUCUACACCAGAGUUCAAAAAGAGGGGUCUUCCACACCCAUGCGUCCUUGUUUGGCAAGUGAAAGAUGAUGACUGGGUGGUCACACCAACUUACCAUAAAUUCUUGUGUUUCAACUACUCUUAGUAUUUCUAUUGGAUUUACCGUCCUCUUUAUUGUUUUUUUCUCUUGCAUGGUUCCCAAUGAUUAGCUUGACUCUGUCAUAGGGAUCUUAACUAGCCGGCGUUGCUGCUAUGCACUUACUAACACCAUGGAAACUGGAAUUGCUCAGCCACCUAGGAUUAAGAGGUACGACCUCUCUAGGCAAUGAAGCGUAGUUCCCUGUUAGCUACCAAUCCAGACUGGAAAUACAUGCAUGCAAAUCAUAAAACAAAACAGUAAUAAGAAACCCUAUGCAAUCAAGCUUCUGUUCUUAUAGCAAUUACAAUUUUGAUACCUCUAUUUCUUUAUGUCAUCUUGUUGGGUUUCUGUUUCUCUUCAUAUAGGAUACUGAUAUGUGAUUCUCAUGUGAUCCUUUUGCUGGAAGCUUGCUAAUCUUAGGGGUGCUGCUACUGGUGUAAAAAAUGUUUUAUCGAAAGAACUAAAGUAGUAGCUAAUCCAAGCAUUGAAGAAGUGACGCAGAGGCUACACUAUAUUGGCAUGAAGUCAGAGCAGCGUUUGAAGACUACACAAGAUAGUAUGGUAACCAAUAGAGCCAUCUUUUGUUUCGUAUCAAGCGAUCCAGUAUCUUUGCCCUUUUGGCGUUGCUCUAAGCGAGAUAUGUAUAACCUUUAGAUUUCCAUUUGUGUAUGAUACUGCAUGUACACUUUAGGCCUCAUUACUGUCAAGCUUGUGAUCACUUGUUCUAUAUAUGUAAUCAACUGCCCUUCUCACCCGCAAAAGAAACACUGCCGUUGUACUAAUAUUUUCAAAAGACUAUUUAUAUAUGUUUACACUGGUUAGAGAAAA